UCACUGACAAAAAAUAUUUUCCUUUCUUUGUCUAAAGCUGCACAGAGUGAGGAGCGGCUGUGUGCAUUUAAGGACCCAUAUCAGCAGGACCAUGGAAUCAGUGAGAGCCGAAUCUCCCAGGAGAAUGGCACAAUCUUGUGCAUGAAAGGUAGUACCUGCUAUGGGCUUUGGGAAAAAACAAGAGAAGGAGACAUACAUCUUGUAAAACAAGGUUGCUGGUCUCAUAUAGGAGACCCACAAGAGUGUCACUUUGAGGAGUGUAUAGUUACAACCACCCCUUCCUUGAUUCAGAAUGGAACAUACCGCUUCUGCUGCUGUAGUACGGACUUGUGUAAUGUCAACUUCACAGAAAAUUUUCCACCUCCUGACCCUACUGAUACAACACCUUACAAUUCUUCUCAUUCUUUUCAUCGAGAUGAGACUAUAGUUAUUGCCCUUGCAUCUGUGUCUGUACUGGCUGUUUUGAUUGCUGCUCUGUUCUUUGGAUACAGGAUGCUCACAGGAGACCGUAAACAAGGUUUGCACAGUAUGAACAUGAUGGAGGCAGCAGCAUCAGAGCCCUCAUUGGACCUGGAUAAUCUAAAGUUGUUGGAGUUGAUUGGCCGGGGACGAUAUGGAGCGGUGUAUAAAGGCUCCCUAGAUGAACGUCCAGUUGCUGUGAAAGUAUUUUCUUUUGCUAAUCGUCAGAACUUUGUCAAUGAGAGGAACAUUUAUAGGAUUCCACUGAUGGAACAUGACAACAUCGCCCGCUUCAUUGUGGGGGAUGAGAGAUUCACUGCAGAUGGCCGUAUGGAGUAUUUAUUGGUGAUGGAAUAUUACCCCAAUGGUUCUUUGUGCAAAUAUUUGAGUCUUCACACAAGUGACUGGGUAAGCUCUUGUCGCUUGGCACACUCCAUAACUAGGGGCUUGGCGUACCUGCACACGGAGCUACCUCGAGGAGACCAUUACAAACCUGCAAUAUCCCAUCGUGACUUGAACAGCCGCAAUGUACUGGUAAAGAAUGAUGGAACAUGUGUAAUUAGCGAUUUUGGACUCUCCAUGAAGUUAACUGGAAACAGACUGGUACGCCCAGGUGAGGAAGAUAACGCAGCCAUUAGUGAGGUUGGUACGAUCCGCUAUAUGGCCCCAGAAGUGCUUGAAGGAGCAGUGAACUUGAGGGAUUGUGAAUCUGCUUUGAAACAAGUAGAUAUGUAUGCACUAGGCCUCAUCUACUGGGAGAUAUUUAUGAGAUGUACAGACCUCUUCCCAGGGGAAUCUGUGCCAGAGUACCAGAUGGCUUUCCAGACAGAAGUUGGAAACCAUCCCACUUUUGAAGAUAUGCAAGUCUUGGUGUCUAGAGAGAAGCAAAGACCAAAAUUUCCAGAAGCAUGGAAGGAGAACAGCCUGGCUGUGAGGUCACUUAAAGAAACAAUUGAAGACUGUUGGGAUCAAGAUGCUGAGGCUCGACUGACAGCGCAGUGUGCUGAGGAGAGGAUGGCAGAACUCAUGAUGAUUUGGGAGAGAAAUAAAUCAGUUAGUCCAACAGUCAACCCUAUGUCAACUGCCAUGCAAAAUGAGCGGAAUCUGUCGCAUCAUAGGCGUGUAUCAAAGAUAAGGCCAUAUCCAGAUUACUCUUCUUCUUCCUACAUUGAAGAUUCAAUCCACCACACUGACAGCAUAGUGAAGAACAUUUCUUCUGAGCAUUCAAUGUCCACUACACCAUUGACUUCAGGGGAAAAGAAUAGAAACUCCAUCAACUAUGAGCGACAACAAGCGCAAGCUCGCAUCCCUAGUCCUGAGACAAGUGUCACCAGUUUGUCCACUAAUACUACCACGACCAAUACAACUGGCCUCACUCCUAGCACUGGUAUGACCACCAUAUCUGAAAUGCCUUACUCGGAUGAAACAAACUUACAUACUACAAAUGUCAUGCAGCCAGGUGGGCCCACCCCUGUUUGUCUGCAGCUAACAGAGGAGGACUUGGAGACAAAUAAAUUGGACCCAAAAGAAGUGGAUAAGAACCUGAAAGAAAGCUCUGAUGAGAAUCUGAUGGAACAUUCACUUAAGCAGUUCAGUGGGCCAGAUCCACUCAGCAGCACUAGUUCCAGCUUGCUUUAUCCGCUGAUAAAACUUGCAGUAGAGGUGACAGGACAACAGGACUUCACACAAGCUGGCAAUGGUCAAGCAUGUUUGAUUCCGGAUGUCCCAUCUGCUCAGGUCUAUCCUCUACCCAAGCAACAGAACCUUCCGAAGAGGCCUACUAGCCUCCCCCUAAACACCAAAAAUUCAACAAAGGAGCCACGGUUAAAAUUUGGUGGCAAGCACAAAUCAAACUUGAAGCAAGUGGAAACAGGUGUUGCCAAGAUGAACACUAUCAAUGCUGCAGAACCUCAUGUUGUGACAGUUACCAUGAAUGGAGUGGCUGGGAGAAGCCACAGCAUAAACUCUCAUGCUGGCACAACCCAAUAUGCCAAUGGCACAGUGCCGUCUGGCCAGACAACCAGUUCGGUAGCGCAGAGGGCCCAGGAAAUGCUUCAGAACCAGUUCGGUGGAGAGGAUAGUCGGCUGAAUAUUAAUUCAAGCCCUGAUGAGCAUGAACCCUUGUUGAGGCGGGAGCAGCAGGUUGGCCAUGAUGAAGGUGUUCUGGACCGCCUAGUAGACAGGAGAGAGCGACCACUGGAUAAUGGCCGAACAAAUGCCAAUAACAACAACAGUAAUCCGUGUCCAGUGCAAGACACAGCUACAGUCAGUAUCCAGAAUGUAGUGAGAAAUCCUGGGCAGACCCAGGCUAGAAGAGCACAGAGGCCUAAUUCGCUGGAUCUGUCAGCCACAAAUAGUUUGGAUAGCAGUAGUAUGCAGCUAGGUGACUCCUCACAGGAUGGCAAAUCGGGCUCAGGAGAAAAGAUCAAGAAACGUGUGAAAACUCCAUACUCACUUAAGCGGUGGCGUCCUUCAACGUGGGUCAUCUCCACCGAACCGCUGCACUGCGAGGUCAACAAUAAUGGCAGUGACCGGGCAGUCCACUCCAAAUCCAGCACUGCUGUUUACCUUGCAGAAGGAGGCACUGCCACCACAAUGGUAUCUAAGGACGCAGGAGUGAACUGCCUGUGA